CAGUUUGGCUUACAUUAAUGAGUGGCGUGUGGUCACUCCGAAACCUCUCCAUCUCAGUUCCUCGCGCAGUCCUCUCGGGCGAGGGCCAGUCCGCCAUACUCCGGUGUUCCUACGACCUGGAGGAUGCUGCGCUGUACUCCAUCAGGUGGUACCGAGCGGAGACCGAGUUCUACAGAUACGUGCCACGGGAGAUGCCCCCCACCAUGGUGUUUCCAUUGCCAGGAGCGUCUGUUGAUUUGACCCAGUCGGACCACCAGCAAGUCCGCAUCGUGAACCUGAACCGGCGGCUGAGCGGAGACUACCAGUGUGAGGUCUCAGCAGACGCGCCGCUCUUCCACACAGACAUACGGUCCGCGCCGCUCACUGUCGUCGAUCCGCCGUUCAGAGCCCCCCACCUGUCCAUCUCCCGCGGGAGCUACGCGCGCGGCGACGUGCUGCGCGCAAACUGCUCGGUGGACGAGGCCUACCCAGCUCCCAACAUCACGUGGAUACUAGAUGACCAUAAAAUAGCAGAAACAGUAUCAUGGAAGACAUCAGACCUGGACUUCAAGGAACGAGGAGCCUUCAGCAGACUGGAGAUCUCGAUCCUGGAGGCAGAGCAUUACAAGAUGGGUCUGACGUACACCAGCUCAAGUUUAGGCCGAGCCUACCAGGACACCUACUACGGAAGCUAUGAGAAACAGCCCGAGAAGGAAGAUAAAGAAGUUUUAAGGUAUACAUUGGUCCCUCCGCCCUCUGGUCAGUUCUCCCUGAGCUGCGUGGCCACCAUAUACGACAUCUACGCUCGGAAGGGAGACCCCAUCCUCAUCAGGGAGGACGCUCCUCAUCCUGCCUCAGUUACUGGGGAGGAUUCUUCAGGUGCAGUGUCAUACAGUGUAGCGUUGACGUGGUGGUGCACAUGCGCCGUGUUACUGCACACGUUAUGAUCGGCGCGUGCGACGCCGGCGCCCGCGCACAUUCUCAAUUAAACUCGCUAAUAAAGCACUGCGCGCGGCUGUGAACGAGGAAUCGAAUAGAAACCCCCCUUUAGUGGUAAUUGUGUGAUAAUGUAUGAAUGAAUGUUUUUGAUACAGAAACUUCGUGGUGUAACACCAUGCCUUCGCGUACAGUUCAUCGCAAAUUAGUACUAAAAAAAAACAAUGGGGUAUCUACUCCUCUGUUUACUUUCAUAAGUCAAAAGUUAGGUAGAUUUUAGGUUCAACCUAAGUAAGGCAAGGGGGUACUCUUGAAACCUUUCUUUAAAUAAUGGUCCAGGUUUUUAGUUAGAGAAAUAAAUAGCCAAAGAGCAAUAUUAAUGUGCGAUGAACUGUAAAUAAUCUCCCAGUGUUAGAGGAUGGCAUGAUAGACUUAUGACACACAUACGUACGGUAAGAAUAAUAAUUAUUGUUAAUAUAUAAUGUACAAACGUGAGCUUAAUUAAACAGCCAUUGAUUAUAUAAAUACGUAGGUAUCAUUUUUGUAUAAUGAUCGUGGGGCAUACUAAAUGAAUUAGGCAAUACGACUUACUCACGUAACUGUUCGAGGAUUUAUGAGCCCCCGUCGUGGCUUGAAACUAGUCGAACAAUUACAUGAAUAAGGCGUGCAGCCUAAUAAUGUGUAUGAGGUCUCCGUGACAAAUAAUACUCAAUUAAGAAUAAAAAACAGUCCAUACAAUAACGAAUAUUACAGGUAAUAUUAAAUAUUACAGAAAACUUCCUCUCUCGCUCACUCACAUGUAUAAAGCCGUUAGAGUGAAAGGGACAAACCGCGCGCAGUGCAAACAUUACGUAAGGAAACUGAAUGUUGUGAUAGAAAGUUAAUAAAGCUAAAUAUUUGUACUAGGAGUUAAGAGAUAUUGUAUAUUGUACUUAUUUCAUGUUGCAGAUCUAAUUAUAUGUGAAUAUGUAAAUAAAUUCAUUAGUUACCGA